AUGUCGCUGGAGAGUCGCGAUGGCCUGGCAAGCAAGCUGCUGGAGGCGACCCAGGAAGGCAAUUUUGAGGCGCGGGGUGUGCGUCUUCGAAAGGACGAUUACUUGCAGACUGCUUCGCCGUUUCCAGGAGAUCUCCCGACUGAUUGCUGCAAGGGCCAGGGGCCUUGCCUGUGGGUUUUGAAGUUUCCUGUUGCGUUGAGCAAGGGCGCUUCUCGUACACUGUACGAGGCAGACCCCAAUGCGCAGGAUGAGGUGGGCGAGACCCCGCUGUUCGAGGCCUUCGAAGGGCUCCGCGAGUUUUGUGCCGCAGCGGUGGGCAACUCCGAGAUCGUAUCGCUGCUGCUGCUGAACUCUGCGAAUCCAAACCACAUCUCGCACCAGGAGAUGGUCGCAAGGUUCUCUGGUCGAGAAGUGGAUCCCAAGGAGAGGGAGGCUGCGAUUUCCACCUUGUCGGCCUCACUGCAAUCGCAGGUCCUGGACCACAUAGCUCGAAGUCAACCCCCCUCGGAUUCGAGAUCCGACGCGCUCUCGCCAACAGAGCGAACAACACCAGAAGACGAGCAGGAGUCCAAACCCCAGGGAGCAGACUCUUCGGAGCCCAAGCGACGGGAGGCCUCGGAGGAUCCUCCGAGCACCGGAGGCGAAGCUGAGGCGGAGGAGGUUUCGGGGCCGAAGGCGGCGGAGUCCGCAGCCGCCGUGCCCGAGCCGACCUCCCCAAGCACUCCGCGCGCGCAGCGCGAAGAAGCCGAGCAGGUUGGCAAUGCCAUGGACUCGACCGAUCCGGCGCUACCCGACCAAUCCGCUGAGCAAGAGCCUCCCCCUCCCGAGGAAAAGCCCGAAGCCCGUCUCGAUGAGUCAGUCAAGUCCGGUUCGGCAGAGCCCGCACCCAAGCCGUUGUCGUCUCUGCACGUCAUUGAGCAUUCGCCAAUGGUGGCGGUUCGAAGCCAGCCCUGGAUGCAGAGUCCUGUCAUCGCCCACUUACGGCCCGGUCAGCACGUGAACCUUGGAGAAUGGGAUGCUACGCAACAGUGGCGACGCGUAGUCUCCGAAGACGGAGGUUGGUUACCUGUGUGGCAUCCCACCCUGGGGUGCUUGGUGACGCUGGUCGGAGUAGAGGCAUAUCCGCUGAAGCGCGAUUUCGACCGCCUGCCAGGCCCUUCUGUAUCGGAAGUCUGGGAGGAGCUCUACAGCAAUGGCUGCCUGAAUGUACCUCCACCAGAGCGUAUUGAAACUGGAGCUGGAGGGCCCGGAGGGACAAUGGCUGCCCAGGCCCUCAUGGAGGUCAUGACCAUGGGCAGGGCACAAACACCCGAAGGCGAAAAGGCAUUGGCGUCCCUUGACCCCAAAACCGUUGAACAUGUCAUCAAGAAGCUGACGAAUGCCAGCUCUGGAAUACGUCAGGCCCUCAAGGGCACAGCUUUUCUGCGGGCCUUCCUUGUUCGUGCUGCGGUGGCUGUCCCAGUUGAGAAGGAGCACGGAUACCCCGCACAUCCCUGCGCCAGUGCGGCCAGUCUAUCACCCGGCGACAUGGCCUCUGAUGGCAAACAGGCCGCAUGCGGUGAUGGGGGUGCUGAAGGUUUUGUAUUCAUCGGCCCUGAUCUAACCAGAGCAUUUGUUGGCAGAGUAGACAGUAUCAGUAUCAGCUCCUUGGAGGAAAAGCACAUGGGCAUGGAAGCCCGCCUGCCCCGGCACUGCCAGACUGCAGAGACUCCGCUGUGCCAGGGCUUUGUGCAGGGCUCCGUUGGCGCAGCGAUCGGCGGAUCCUGUGCGCAUCCCUUGGAUUUGAUCAAGGUGCGGAUGCAGCUGCAGACUGAAGUUCCCAAGCUCAGCAUGUUGCAGAUGGGCCCUCAUAUUGUCAAGAAUGAGGGUGUCCUUGGCCUUUUCAAAGGUGUCGAUGCCUCAGCAGCUCGGCAGUUGGUCUACAGUGGGGUCCGGUUCGGGAUGUAUGACAUGCUUAAGGGCUUCUGCGGCGAGUCCCAGAGACCUCUCAGCACGGCAGAGAAGGUCAUUUGUGCUGCCGUGGCUGGUGCAACCGGAGCUUUCGCUGGAAACCCGGGCGAUCUGGCGAUGGUACGGAUGCAGGCGGAUGGAAAGCUGCCAGAAGCAGAACGUCGGGGCUACAAAAACAUCUUUGAUGCGGUUGGCAAGAUCGCGCGUUCAGAAGGAGUUCUAUCCAUGUGGCGUACAGGAGUUGUGCCUAACAUGAAUCGCGCAACGAUAAUUACCGUGGGGCAGCUGGCGGCAUACGACACCUGCAAGGAGGUUUUCGUUGAAUCGUUCAAGAUGAAGGAGGGUGUCGGGCUCCAUCUUUCUUCCAGCUUCGGUGCUGCCUUCAUCGCAUCAGUGAUGUCCAAUCCCGUCGAUGUGGCGAAGACCCGGCUGAUGAAUCAGAAAGCCGAAGAAGGAAAGCCUUUGCUUUACAGAAGUACGGUGCAGACGAUGAGCACGAUUGCGCAACAGGAGGGACCUCUAGCCUUGUACAAGGGUUUUCCAGCCACCUUUGCUCGGCAAUGCCCUUACGUCGUGAUCACCUGGGUCACCGUUGAGCAGCUGAAAAAGAUCAUGAAGGAUUGGUGA